AUGCCUAACUUCACCGAUGGUAAUGACGAUAUAGAUGAUUUUUUACGGAGGUUUGAGAAAUUAGCAGGUUUGCAAGGAUGGGAUUAUAAUGACUACCAUGUUUACCUCGGUUCACUCUUGGGAGGUAAGGCCUUGCAAAUUUACGUAAGUUUGCCAGACGAUGUCUUGAAAGAUUAUAGACAAUUAAAAGAUGCAUUGUUGAAGGCAUAUAACGUUGACGCAGACUCCUAUCGUAAAAAGUUCAAAGAAAGUAAAGCGGGUGAAGACGAAACUUACGUUCAGUUAAUUACGAGAAUGACCCAGUAUUUAGAUCACUGGUUAAUAAUGAGUGAUGUGGAGAGGGAGUAUAACUCGUUCGACUUUUUGAUACGCGACCAGCUGUUGAGUAACUGCCCUCUUGACCUUCGCAUCUUUCUCAAAGAACGAACGUUCGUUAGCACAGUGGAAAUGGCCCAAGCAGCGGAUAGGUUUCGUUGCGCCCACAGAGCUGUCAAAAGUCUUAAAACGCCUGUUAAAGACGACGCUGCUUUCAAGAAAGACCCGAAUGUUUCCCUUAAGGAUGUGAUCUGUCACCAUUGUUCUAAGGCGGGUCACAUACGUCCUUCUUGUCCCGAACUUAAAUUCUCGAAAUCUAAGACUUUUCAGACAGUAAAUGCUGCAUUUGAGGCUGACAUAAAUUACGAUCAGGGUAUUACGUGUGAAGGAUCGUUGUAUGGCAAGCCGGUAAAUGUACUUUUUGAUUCAGGUUGCUCGUCAAUUAUAGUGAAGGAAUCGCUCGUGCCCGCCUCCGUCAAGCGAGGAAAGGUAGUUACACUAUAUGACUACCUGGGGGAGCGGCGCGAAUUCCCCACCGCACGUUGUUUGAUUAAGAGUAAAUUCCUGAAUGGAUGGUUUAACGUCGUGGUCGCUCCGAUAAAAUUCACGGAUAUCCUCGUCGGUAUAGUGCCGGGUGUCAAGGUGUCGAGCGUGAACAUACCGAGUAUAAAAGUAACCGAAACACCUCAGAGGAGCGAAGUUAAUGCUGUCGCGACGCGGGCCGCCAAAGCGAAGGAAAAUAUCGGUCCUGAUAAAUUAAUAGUUCCUAAUUUUAAAUUUGAGAACGUCUCGAAACAAGAUUUCAUAGAUGCUCAGUCUUCCUGCCCUUCUCUAGAACACAUUCGUUCUAAAGAAAUAAGUAAAACCAUUGUCACUGUAAAAAGUCGCUCGGUAAAGUUCGAACGCGUGAAUGGGUUGAUUUACCGAAUUUGCGUAAAGAGUAAACACGAACACGAAGUCGGUGAGAAGCAAUUGGUUGUGCCUCGUAGGUUUAUUCCUAUAAUUUUAUCUAUGGCUCACGAUUCCCCAUUGGCGGGUCAUUUUUCUCAUCGAAAGACUGCAGAAAAAAUCUUCCUCGAAUUCUUUUGGCCAGGAGCAGACGCAGAGAUCAAACGCUACUGUCGCUCUUGUCAUGCUUGCCAGAAAACCGUUCCUAAGGGCAAGAUCAGAAAGGCGCCUAUGGUUCAGAUGCCAAUCAUUAGCGAACCGUUUUCCCGAGUGGCGAUUGAUAUCGUCGGGCCGAUCUCCCCGCCCUCUAGCCGAGGCCACAAGUACAUGCUGACCUUGAUUGACAUGGCCACCCGAUUUCCUGAGGCAGUUCCACUGAGAAAUAUAGAUUCGGUAACUGUUGCUGAAGCGUUGUUAACUAUUUUCGCUCGCGUGGGAAUACCGAAAGAGAUUCUUUCUAAUCGUGGUACUCAGUUUAAUUCCGAUUUGAUAGCAGAGAUCAACCGACUGCUUUCUAUUAAAGCAUUAUACACUAGUCCGUAUCACGUUUGUUGUAAUGACACCGUCGAACGGUUUCACGCAGUACUAAAAGCUAUGCUGAAAAAGCUCUGCAACGAGCGACCUCAUGACUGGGAUCGUUAUAUCCCAUCUGUCUUGUUUGCGUAUCGGGAGAUUCCCCACGAUACGCUUAAAUUUAGUCCAUUCGAGUUACUGUACGGCCGUAAAAUUAAAACAAUCGGCUCAAUUAGCAUCCGCUCACGCAGACGUGAGCAGCAAAAUGUCACGCGAGUGUGUACAGACGGACGCGUGAUCUGUUAUCCUCAUCGCUCAAUCGGAAAUUGGAUGACAAGUGCACGCAAUCACCGACAGCACAUUGCCCAAUUAGCGCGGUGCAUUUGCUACAUUGAGAUUAACGUAGAUUACAUUCGGAAAACUGUUCCUAUUGUAUCUCUGGAAACCCUAGCGGUGGCUUUAGAUGCAUUUAGCAAUGAAGCGAAGCCCCUGGGUUUAGAGGUGUCCCGGACCAAGAUCCAUAACUCUGAGGGCUUACUAGGAGAACCUGUACGGUCGGUACGCGUUUGCGACGAGGACAUUGAAGUCAUAGAGACCUUUACAUACCUUGGUCCUUGCGCCGGAUCAUUGGGUAUCGUUGGCAGCACACGUGGGAUCGGAACGGGACCCGUUACUUGCACAAUCGGGGAACGACAACUCGGUUCACACAAGAUUGAACCUGCCAACCAGGUAGUUUCGGUUCGAGGCAAUCCUGGAGGAGGCCUGUAG